UAACUGUUUAUUAAUAAUAUGGAAAACAUCGUUCGAUUAGGCCUACAUGAUUCUUAAUUCCAAAAUGAAAUAUUUGCAGAUAACAAGUUCAGAUUCGUGAAACAAUUUCUGAAAGUAAGGUGCUUCGUGACGUCAUGUCAAAGAAUUGUUUGUUUGGUUCAUCACUCGUACUGAGUUGCGGGUGCGCGCACUCGGGAACACGCCCACCUCUCGGCGCGUGCGCGUCUUCCCCCGUGUGCGGGAGCGCGCGCUCAGUGUGGAAGAUGCUGCCGGUGAGUUCAGACGCGGAUCGGAUGCUCGGUUGUCCUGUGAUAUGGAGACCCUGGGAUCGUUCAACAAGAGAGAUUCAAUUAAAUAAAGUGGUUUCUGGAGGUUCGAGGCGAGUUCAGACUUCUGAAGAUGUUUUCCAGCAUCCUGUGAGGCUGUUUCUGCCCAGGUCCAGGAUGCAGGAGUAUCUGUCUCGUCUGGGCCGGACGGUUCUGGACAGUUUCCCCGUUCAGGCCACACUGCACUUUUACAACGAUGAAGACUCCAGCUCUGAGGAGGAUGAGGAUGAAGCAGACGCUCAUUAACCUCGUCAGAUCCACACGUCUAUAACAUGAACUCACUAGUGAGCUGAGAGCCAAGCGUGCGGCCGUCAGGAAGCUGAACACUGUUUAGGAAA